GAAGAUUUGUACGCCAACGAGGACAGGGACUGCCCUACUGCCAAAUAACAACAAUGGCAACUCGAGAUCAUAUGAAACUCGUUCAUUUUAAAUACUCUGUAUUUUUUAGCGUGGAAGGCAUUGUAGAAAAGUUUUGCAUACCAUGCCACUGCAGCCUCAAACUCCAAAAUCGCAGCACUGGCACCGUCCCAGUGUCCCAGCAGUGAUACAGCGGAAGCAUAACUUUCUGGCACACUUGAGAUUUCAUGGUUUCACUCUGCUGGACAAGAAACAUGUGACAGAGACAGAAUAUAUCGAAGACGCUGACCCAAUGGAGCACAAAAUGAAGCCUUUUCCUUGCUCAGCAUGUCCAUCCUCAUUCUUAACUUCUUCUUCAUUACGGCGACAUGAACUAGAGAAACAUGAUGAGGCGUCGGAACCCAUAAUCUUGGUAGACCAGGAGAGGGGGUUAUUUGUGACAGCCCAGGACAAGUGUGGACCACGAACUAUUAUUCAUGUAUGCAAGUCCUAUGAUAAUCAAAGCUUUAACUGUGAGGUCCCAGCCUGUAGAGAAUACAUGUCAAUGGCUACAGGUAAGGAAUGCAUCCACCUUGAGCGCUUAAAGCACUAUAGAGUUCAACAACCACCUCCUUUCCUGAAGAAGUCCUCUAUAGAUGACAUGCUUGAGAAGGGUUUAAUUUCCAACCACACAAAAGACCAAUGCUGUGUGAUGCAUGCCAAAGCUGCCAAGGACAAUACAGCUGCAGUGUUUCCUGUUUUUUUUGAAGAACAUGGUUACUCUGGCAAGAAAGUGUAUUUCUCAGUUUACACUGGACAAUUGGAAAGCUGGUGUGUUUUUGGCAGGGUCAGAGUUACUUUUGACCUUGCCAGUGGUAUGUGGAUGUGCCGCUGCAAAGCGACCAAAAAGAGAAUGUGUGUCCAUAUAUACCUCUCAAUGAGCUGGAUCUUUCAAGAGAGACCAGGGUUGUUGAAAAAUGACUGUGAUGCUGUCAUGUCAUCAGACGCUGAAGAUGAGGGAGUAGAGGCUGAACUCAUGGAAUCCGCCGCCGAUGAUGAGGAUGAAGCAAAGAAUGCAGAGGCAUAUGCUGAACUGAUCCAGUUUUUGGAUGACAAAAGCCUUUUGCUGGUUAUGCGCGAUGCAGCUGAUGACGGACGGGAAGCAUUGCAGAUUUUGAGAGACUAUUAUCAAGGUAAAGGAAAGCCUCGUAUCAUCAGCCUUUAUACUGAACUUACCUCACUGAAGAAGUCAAGCAAUGAAAGUGUGACUGAAUAUGUUAUCCGAGCUGAGACAGCCAUCACAGCGUUGAGGAAUGCUGGUGAAACCUUAAGCGAUGGCCUGCUGGUAGCUAUGGUUCUGAAAGGGCUGCCUGAAUCCUUCCAACCAUUUGCCAUCCAUGUCACACAGCUCGAUGAGACUAUGUCAUUUGCGGAGUUUAAAACAAAGUUACGGAGCUACGAAGACACUGAAAAGAUGCGUGCUGCCGCAGCAGAUGACAACUUGAUGAAGGCGCGUUUACGCCAGAGAGGGAAACCUGCUAACCCGAGUGACUGA